AUGAUAUUGCGCUUACACGCAGAAGCAACAUUUAAUUACAUCAUACAGAGUGAGUUAUUUAAAUUUAUUUCUAGACUAUUUGUUGUAUAAGAUGUUUCACUAUUGUUUCACUAUUAUAAGUUAUUAUGACAUUAAAAUAAGAUUUAUUAUGAACUAAUAUUUUAAAAUAUAAUGCAAUAAUUCCAUCGGACUUAUAUACGAAAGUAGAGUAAAAGUAUUUUUUAACUUUUAAUUCUUAUCAUUCAAUUAAUUAUAGGUAUUUAUUAAUUAUCGAUCAUCAUCAUCAUGUUGUAUACGACUGCUAUAAAAAGUGUAAAAUAAUUAUGUUCAAACAUAUAAUCCAUUACUUAAGAUUCCAAAUUAUAUGAUUGAUCGAUCGUAAAACAUUCGAUUGAAUAAUAAAAUUCUGUUGUUUUUAAUUCUAAAUCAAAUUAUAUUUGUUUUACUCCUUUUAAAAUUGUUUUACUUUUCUUUUGUGAUAAUGGAAAAUUGAAUUCUGUAAACAGUCACUUAAUAAGUGUUGCAUUGACACUGAUUUUAUUUAAAAUAGUCAAAUGAAAAUAUUGUAGAUAUAAAGCUCAGAAAUAAAGUUAAAUAAUAAUGAACUAUCACUGAAAAAGUUUUCAGUUGAUAUUAUAUAAUAUAAAGUAAAUUUUAUUAUAAAAUCAAUAAUAGUCAAUAAUAGUAUUUUAUAAAUUAUUAUUAUGACAAUUUAAAUAUGAUAAACAAAUUAUCAAGAAUUUAAUGUUUGGAAAUAUUAUAGAAAUAAAAUAAUUAAUAAUUAAUAAAUAAAUGUUAUAGAAAUAAAUUUAAUAUAAUAAUUGAGAAUGUUUUAAAAUGUUAUAGAAAUAAAUUUAAUAUAAUAAUUGAGAAUGUUUUAAAAUUGAAUUAACGAUUCAGUUUUAAUUAAAAAUAUUAAAUAAUAUUUAAUAUUUAAAAAAAUUUAGAUUACUUUAUUAAAAUUUUAUUAAAAUUCAGUUCGAGCAUUGUCGAUCGACAUACAUGUCGAAAUAUGGAAAUGUAGGUAAUAGUAACGAGCUGUUAUACUUAAAGUUAAUAUUUUGGUAAUGGGACAGAAGUUAUUUUUGCCCAUGAUAAUAAUAAUUAUUAUAAUUUAUGUGCUGAAAAUACAUUUAGUCUUCCAUAUUGUUAGUUUUUGAUUUAUAACUAUGUUAAAAUGUUAAAUUUGAUUUAUAAUUAUGUUAAAUGUCAAUUUAUGAUAGAAAUAGUUACAAUAAUAGUGAAAGGUGAAGUUGACUCAUUGAUCUUUAGCUGUUCUUAAAAAUGGAAUGUGAAGUUGGAAUAAAAAUCUCUUGUUUUUUAAAGGAGAAAAUUUUAUUACUUACAAUUAAAAAGGUAACAAAUUCAAUUUCUAUGAAGAAUUAUUUAAGUAAAUCGAAUUGUGUAACUGUAGUAUGUGAGUUUAUCGUUUCCUUGAAUUAUCAAAUAAAUCUACAUCUUGAUAGCAUAUAGAAUUAUGUAUUUAAACACUUUAAUAUUGACAGGAUUGUUAUAGUUCGUCAUCUGUUAACAAUUUAGAACUUUUCCUAAGUUUUCAUAUUAAAUGGUACUUAUUAUUCAUUGUGUUUCGUUGUAACUGCUUAGAACAUAAUAAGUGUUUCGCUACACUGUGUUAUCAAUAUUGUAUUAAGUAAUUAAUAUUGUAUUAAGUAAUUAAUAUUAAAAUCAAAUAUAUUACUGCGAUAAGUGAUAAUUUUUAAACCUUUAGAGUAACCUAAUUUUUAAACCUUAAAGAGUAAUAAUUUAUUAGAAGAAUGGUGUUUGUUAAUGAUAUAAAAUCAAUUUUUAAUACCGGUUUAUUAUUAGAAUGUACUACACUGGCCGUUACGCAGAAUAUGAGAGUGAAAAGAUUUCGAAACAUAGUACUUAUUGUAUCAAUGAUUCUGUAUUUAACUAAUCUUAUUGCACGUUUACGUAUUCUCAUGCAAAAGUUUAAAUCGAAAAAGCAUGCUUAUUACCAAAAAUUGAACUCAGAUUGCCAGUUUUUCGCGGACUAUUAUAUAUCAUCAUGAAUGCCUCUGUAAAUACACAAAUUCUAAUAUUUGUUUGCAUUUUAUUUCUCGUCGGGGAAAGAUUUCGUCACCUCUGCAAUAUAGUAACGUUUUCUAGAGGUAAGUUUAUUUCUCAUCUAUUUCUUAAACAUGCCAACGUUAAAGUCCAGACGUUUAUUUAUUUGUGAGUUUUAUGCAUCGUUCAAAUGAAUCCGCCUUUCGAACUGUACUCGAUCGUUGCUUUAAUAUAUUUUCUUUCAUUCGUACACGAUCAAGAAUUUUGCCACUUUACAAAAUCCGUAUUUUAUUUUAUUUUCUGCACGCCUGUUUUUUCGUACAGAUCUCGUUUGAAGCAACACUGUAUAACAUGUUCAGUUAUGAAAUCAAAGAUUCCAUCGAUAGAUACGCGAUUUUAAGCAUUUUCUGAAUAACAGGAAAGCUUCAAACUUCUAUCAAGAAAUCAAUAUUGUCUUAAGUGACGUGAACUAAUGAUUUGUUUGUAUAAACGUUUAAUCGCAUAUCUCCUCUUCGUAUUCAAGUAAAAAGAUGGACAGAAUAAUUAUUUUUAUUGUUUUUUUUUUCCAUUGCUAGCAGAUGACAAGUUAAUAAUGGUCGAUCAAUCGAUCGGACAGUUCACACUCCAGGAGAUAUGA